AUGCAAACAGUACAGAGAUACGCGGUGCUAUUUAUUAUUUCAAUUAAUUUUGUGAUAAGUGAGAGUUCAGUUGUCGUUGCAAAAAAUGCCGGAAGUGGGGUGCCUCAUAAAGAGGAGUCGAAAGGAAAAAAUAGUGUGAUUUCAAAGACAUUUCUUUUCAACGAAAGUUACGUCUACCUUGAAGAUGUGUUGUUUGUUUUAAAGAACCAAAAUUGGACCCAAGAGGAGCAACCGUGCCUGCAACAGACGUUGUUUCUGCUUCGGAAUCUCCAGAAUUUUACACUAUGGGCCGUUUGGAAUUGGGAUUCUAUACCCGCAGAGCCACAGGGUCUUUUAUAUGGCAGUCGCUUCCAGCUUGGUAACUACGAUGAAUGUAUGGACGCGCCGUGGUACGAAGAUCAUGAGGAGUUGCGGGCUCAGUACUGUUUAGCAGAGAUUGUACUUGAAAGAACAAACAAAAAUGCUAAGAAACGAAAGUUAAACCCAUACGAUCCCCACCAGUCGGCGUUAAACUUGCUUGAGUACAUUGGGCCCUACGAAAGGCCUCUAAACCAACUAACAUGGGGUGUAUGUGUGCCAGCAGUUUGUGAAAAACAAUCUGUAACUCGAUUAAUGGGAAUCCUCUUGGCACACAGCCACCUGGGAACAGCAGGUCUUAAGGCUAAUGUGGCUGUAAGCAGCUGCGAAAAAACAAAUCAACGUUUGGAGUACGACGCCCUCUUCUAUUCGUUUAUAGCAUUGACUGUUGGUCUCCUGGCAAUCGCUGUAAUAAGCACGAAUUUAAACAAAGGCUCAAAAUAUAGUAACUUUGUAACCAAAGCUUUCGAUAUAAACGAGAAUGCGAACAAUCUUUUAAAAUUCAAGAAGGAAGGCAUCGAGGUUCUGUAUGGGAUUCGAUUUUUUACAAUUUGCGUCAUAGUUAUAGCCCAUCAGUUUGGGAUGAGCAAUUCGGGACCAAUGAGUAACGGGUACACAAUCGAUAAGCAAGCUCUAUCCGUAUAUGGAAUGUUUAUAUUACACAAUGAUCUGUCGGUGGACACAUUCUUUUGGCUGUCUGGUUUUCUAACAGCUAAUAUUUUUACGAGAAUAAAACGAAUUCCAAGUUUGCCUAUCGCUCUUAUAAAGAGAUAUAUUCGCUUAGCAAUUGCAUAUGCUUAUGUAAUUUUCUUCACCACCUCUGUCUACCCGUACAUGGGGUCCGGACCUUUGUGGAAAAGCUCUCGGGAAGCAGAAACAGGCACCUGCCGGAAAAACUGGUGGGUGAAUCUAUUGAUGCUGAACAAUUACGUCGAUACACACAACUUAUGCUUGAUCGUAACCUGGUACAUCUCCUGCGACUUCCACUUCUACAUAGUAACAUUAUUAAUGUACUGGGUGUACACGAAGUCUUCUAUUUUGGGUCGAACUGGUAUGAUGCUAUUAAUGGUAGCCGCCAUCAUCACUCCAGGAGUCAUUACAUAUCUGUACAAGCUGCCUCCGGUUCAGUUGUUUACUUACAACUUUAUGGUAGACCCUCGUCGUCAUGAGCAGUUCCAUUUAACCUACAUUAAGAGUCACACCCGAUACGGCGCAUAUCUCGUUGGCUUCCUCACCGGGCAUAUCUUCGUGUACUAUAGUACCAAGCAGAAAACAAUAACACAGAAAUGGGCAACAAUAGGAGCUGGUGCUGGAAUAAUAUUAAUGGGGGCGGUUUUAUUCUCCGGUCCCCCUUUCCUAUGGAGGGGUUACACGGUUGCUGAAAGUGUCAUAUAUGCUGCAUUAAAUAGACCAAUUUGGGCAUUCAGUAUUUCCAUUUUUGUCUUAAGCUGCGCCUUUGGACACGUGCCCUUGUUAAAAAGCUUCUUCAGUUGGCACGUUUGGGUGCCUCUCAGCCGAUUAGCUUACGGCCUAUAUCUUGUACAUUCAUUGUUGAUCAUCAGAAACGUUGCAGUAUCAAGAAAUCCACAACACAACGAUUAUUUAAGACAGUUCACUUCAGCGUUCGGUGUUAUAAUAGUGGGAUGCCUCGCGUCACUUCUUAUCUGGUUGUUGGCUGAAGCACCUUUCAAUAACCUUUCCACCUAUAUUUUUUCACCAAGAAAAAUAGCGCCGUUGGACGCAGGAAAACCAGAAACACACGGCCAUCUUCAAGAUAAUCUACCCCCAUCGAUUGAUAUUGUAUCAUCUUCGAAGAUUUAA